AUAUCAAAUUCCUCACUUCACCCAAAGUUGCCAUGAUUUGAUCCUUGAAACCCGGCUCAUCUCAGGCAACACAAAGAAAAAAUUCUCUGCUAUACAUAGAACUUUAUUCUGAGAGUGUGUGUGUUUGUGUCUGAAAAUGGCGGAAAAAUUCAAGGAGCCUCUUCUCGGACACACGGAGGAUGAAGAUCAUGCGCCAGGCGGCAUCUUGUCAAGCUCAAAGUAUCUAAGCCAAUUUUUAUCCAACCAUUCAUUUUUCUCGUCAUUUGUCAUCGGAGAAGAUGACAUUCCUCCGAUCGCCAUCUUGACGUCCAUUUUCCAGUACUCUCUCGGCGCCAUAACUCAAACCUUCGCCGGCCAUGUCGGGACUCUAGACCUCGCUGCAUUCUCCGUCGAGAACUCUGUCAUCUCCGGUUUAUGCUUUGGCGUCAUGAUGGGAAUGGGAAGUGCACUGGAGACCCUCUGCGGACAGGCGUACGGCGCCGGGCAGAUCGACAUGCUCGGCGUCUACAUGCAGCGAUCGUGGGUUAUUCUCCUGGUCACCAGUUUUCUGUUAACGUUUAUGUACAUAUUCGCGGAGCCAAUAUUGCUGCUUCUCGGGCAGACGGAGGCUAUAUCCCAGACAGCCGGGAAAUUUGCCCUGUGGAUGGUCCCUCAGCUCUACGCCUAUGCGUUGAACUUUCCAAUCGCCAAGUUCUUGCAAGCUCAGAGCGAUAUAAUGGCGAUGGCCUGGAUUUCAGCGGCGGCGCUGGGGUUGCAUGUUCUGUUCAGCUGGCUGCUAAUGCUGAAACUUGGGUGGGGGAUGGCCGGCGGCGCGGUGGUUCUGAACAUUUCGUGGUGGUUCCUGGUGGUGGCGCAACUUAUUUACAUAUUCAGCGGGGCCUGUGCGGAAUCCUGGACGGGGUUUUCCUGGAAGGCAUUCCAGAACCUCUGGGGUUUUGUGAGAUUGUCUGUUGCAUCGGCAGUGAUGCUCUGCUUAGAGAUAUGGUAUUUUACGGCCCUAAUCCUCUUUGCUGGAUAUUUGAAGAACGCAGAAAUUGCUGUUGAUGCUCUCUCAAUAUGUGUAAAUAUAUCGGGGUGGAUAUCUAUGAUAGCUCUUGGAUUCAAUGCAGCAAUAAGUGUAAGAGUGUCAAAUGAAUUAGGAGCCGGUCAUCCAAGAGCUGCAAAAUUUUCAGUGCUGGUGGUGGUGGUAUCAUCCUUCUUGAUGGCCCUCUUUGUUGCUAUUCUGAUUCUCAUCUUCCAGAAGCAGUAUCCUUUCCUCUUUUCAGACAAUCUAGAAGUUAUCGAAGUUGUCUAUGAGCUCACACCUUUGCUUGCAUUCUGCAUUGUGCUCAACAAUGUUCAACCCGCUCUAUCAGGAGUCGCAAUCGGGGCUGGAUGGCAAUCAUUGGUCGCCUAUGUGAAUGUUGCAUGCUACUACUUGUUUGGUAUCCCUGUGGGUCUAUUAAUGGGCUACAAACUUAAAUGGGGCGUACAAGGUAUAUGGUGCGGAAUGGUAUUAGGAACAGUGGUUCAGACACUCAUCCUCUUCUGGAUUGUUUACAGAACUAAUUGGAAUAAGGAGGCUUCUGCUGCAGCGAAGAGAAUCAAAAAGUGGGGAGGGGAAUCAGGUGGUAAAGAAAACUUGGAGAAAUAAUGUUUUUGUAUUGUACGAUGUAGUAUCUUAUUCCGGCAGGCUACAACUUUUUUGACAGCUCCUAGAUUCAUUUCUACUUUAGGAUUUUUCAAAUUCAGGCACACUGUGAUAAGGGUCCGUCGACAAGGAAUUGCCUGUCUUGAAGAACACUUUUUCUUUUGUUUUAGAUGGCAACGAAAAUGGGAUCGAUGGAAUUUGAUUUGAUUCUUUUUUUUGUAAUGAGAUGUAAUGCAAAAUGUCUUACUGGAACUUUUAUAGUUUUAUGUGGAAGGUUUUUCACCUUCUCUUUAAGAGGCGAAA